CCGGACCGUGCGGGUGAGCGUGAGAGCCGAGCGCCAGCGCGACCCGGCGAGACAUGGCGGCCACUGGGACUGCGGCCGCCGCGGCCACGGGCAAGCUCCUCAUCCUGCUGCUGCUCGGGCUCACCGCGCCCGCCGCGGCGCUGGCCGGCUACAUCGAGGCUCUUGCAGCCAAUGCUGGAACAGGAUUUGCUGUUGCUGAGCCUCAAAUUGCAAUGCUUUGUGGGAAGUUAAAUAUGCAUGUGAACAUUCAGACUGGGAAGUGGGAACCUGACCCAACAGGCACUAAGAGCUGCUUUGGAACAAAAGAAGAAGUUCUUCAGUACUGUCAGGAGAUGUAUCCAGAGCUACAGAUCACAAACGUGAUGGAAGCAAACCAGGCAGUUAAUGUUGACAAUUGGUGCCGGAGGGACAAAAAAGAGUGCAAGAGCCAUAUUGUGAUACCUUUCAAGUGUCUUGUGGGUGAAUUUGUAAGCGAUGUUCUGCUAGUUCCGGAAAAGUGCCAGUUUUUCCACAAAGAGCGGAUGGAUGUGUGUGAGAAUCACCAGCAUUGGCACACUGUGGUCAAAGAGGCCUGUCUGACUCAGGGGAUGACCUUGUACAGCUAUGGCAUGCUGCUGCCCUGCGGGGUCGACCAGUUCCACGGCACCGAGUAUGUGUGCUGCCCUCAGACAAAGAUCAUUGAAUCUGCUGUGUCAAAAGAAGAGGAGGAGGAAGAGGAGGACGAUGAAGAGGAGGAAGAGGAGGAGGAGGAGGAGGAGGGAGACUAUGAUAUUUAUAAAAGUGAGUUUCCUACUGAAGCAGAUUUGGAAGACUUCACAGAAGCAGCUGUAGAUGAGGAUGAGGAAGAUGGGGAAGACGGGGAGGAAGUGGUGGAAGAUCGUGAUUACUACUACGACAGCUUUAAAGGAGACGACUACAACGAAGAGAACCCAACCGAACCCAGCAGUGAUGGGACUGAUGCAGAGAAGGAGAUCACUCACGAUGUUAAAGCUGUCUGCUCCCAGGAGGCGAUGACGGGGCCCUGCCGGGCCGUGAUGCCUCGUUGGUACUUCGACCUCUCCAAGGGAAAGUGCAUGCGCUUUGUAUAUGGCGGCUGCGGAGGCAACAGGAACAAUUUUGAGUCUGAGGAUUAUUGUAUGGCUGUGUGUAAAACGAUGAUUCCCCCGACUCCUCUGCCAACCAAUGAUGUGGAUGUAUACUUCGAGACCUCUGCAGAUGAUAACGAGCAUGCUCGCUUUCAGAAGGCUAAGGAGCAGCUGGAGAUUCGGCACCGCAACCGGAUGGACAGGGUAAAGAAGGAAUGGGAAGAGGCUGAGCUUCAAGCAAAAAACCUCCCCAAAGCGGAGAGGCAGACACUCAUUCAGCACUUCCAGGCUAUGGUUAAAGCUUUAGAGAAGGAGGCAGCCAGCGAGAAGCAGCAGCUGGUAGAAACCCACCUGGUUCGAGUUGAAACAAUGCUGAGUGACCGUCGCCGUGUGGCCCUGGAGAACUACCUGGCUGCUUUGCAGUCUGACCCUCCACGGCCUCAUCGCAUCCUCCAGGCCUUUCGGCGUUAUGUCCGUGCUGAGAACAAAGACCGCCUGCAUACCAUUCGUCACUACCAGCACGUGUUAGCUGUUGACCCAGAAAAGGCGGCCCAGAUGAAACCUCAGGUGAUGACUCACCUCCUUGUGAUUGAGGAAAGGAGGAACCAGAGCCUCUCUCUGCUCUACAAAGUACCUUACGUAGCCCAAGAAAUCCAGGAGGAAAUUGAUGAACUGCUCCAAGAACAGCGUGCCGACGUGGACCAAUUCACUGCCUCCAUCUCAGAGACCCCCGUGGACGUCCGGGUGAGCUCGGAGGAAAGUGAUGAGAUCCCACCAUUCCACCCCUUCCAUCCCUUCCCAUCCUUACCUGAAAACGAAGACACUCAGCCGGAGUUGUACCACCCAAUGAAAAAAGGCUCUGGAGCGGGAGAACAGGAUGGAGAACUGAUAGGUGCCGAGGAGAAAGUGAUUAACAGUAAGAAUAAAGUGGAUGAAAAUAUGGUCAUUGAUGAGACUCUGGAUGUUAAAGAAAUGAUCUUCAAUGCUGAGAGAGUGGGAGGCCUUGAGGAGGAGCCGGAAUCAGCGAGGCCACUUCGGGAGGACUUCAGUCUGAGCAGCAGUGCCCUCAUUGGUCUGCUGGUCAUUGCCGUGGCCAUCGCCACAGUCAUUGUCAUCAGCCUGGUGAUGCUGAGGAAGAGACAGUAUGGAACCAUCAGCCACGGGAUCGUGGAGGUUGACCCAAUGCUCACCCCAGAAGAGCGUCACCUGAACAAGAUGCAGAACCAUGGUUACGAAAACCCAACCUAUAAAUACCUGGAGCAGAUGCAGAUUUAAGGGAGAAGAAGCUCGAGCACCCCCAGUUGGAGUGGGGCGGUGCAGGUGGGCAGGAGAGGUCCAGCAUCUUGGAUCGACUACUGACCAGCUACUUCCAGAGGAUUUCAUCUUACAUUCAGACCUCCUGGAUCAUUAAGACUAUAAAGUACUACUGUAGAAUCACAAUUUCCAUUCUUUUAAAUGGGUGAAAAAAUGUUAAUAUAACAAUAUAUGAUAUAUAAACCUUAAAUGAAAUGAAAAAAUGAUCUAUUGCAGAUAUUUGACUGAUGUAGUUUACUUUUUUUAAAAUUAAUCAGAAAUCCCACUUUUAUCGUAUUGUCUCAUACAUGCUAUCUAUACAAAUGGAAAAUGUUGAUUUUCAGUGAUA